GUCUUUGUUGUCGGAGGAUAAGCUGGUGUUCUGUAAUGGCCUGGUGCUGAGCAGGUUCCAGUGUCUGAGAGGUUUUGGAGAGUGGCUGGACUCCAUCAGAGACUUCUCCUCUCAUCUACAGAGUCUCAACCUGGACACAUCCGCCUUCUCCUGCCUGGCUGCCCUGGUGCUGCUCACAGAGCAGGUCCCAGGACUGAAGGACAGUAAGCGCGUUGAGGAGCUGCAGAACAAGGUGGUCUGUUGCCUUAGAGACCACCUGGGCUUUGGCCCCUCCUCCUCCUCCAAGGCCACGCCCCCUCUAAGUCGUGUGCUGGGUGUUAGGGCGGAGCUCCGCUCCCAGAGGACCCAGGGUCUGCAGAGGAUCUUCUACCUGAAGCUGGAGGACCUGGUCCCACCCCCACCUCUGAUUGACAGGUUCCUAGACACUCUGCCCUACUGAUGCUGCCUGGGCUGAUUAUGCCCACACAUACGUGUCACAUCCUGUUUAAGACACCCCCCCCCCCAGAGCACCAUGGAGCCACGCUCAGAGGAGCGAGACUCACUGAGCUACGCUGAGAGACAGCCAAUCAAAUUGCUUUUCACUCAUUAAGGACAACCAAUCAAAAAAUGCUUUUCACGCCAUAAAGACAAUUAUUCAUAUGCUUACCACUUUCUAUCUGGACCGUUUUUCUCGUGUGAUGGGAGGUUUUGAAAGGAUGACAAAAAAAUGAAAGUGACAUUUCUCUGUCCUGUUUUAGUCUGGUUAUGCCUGAAGGAGGAAAAUAAGACCCAGGUCUUUGUUCUGGACUGGUUUGGCCUGCUUCAGUCUGGUUCGGUUCAGUCUGAAGUUCAUAGCAGUCUGUCCUAGGGGAGGGGAAUGCAGUCUGUGUGAGUAACUGUGUGACGCUCUGAUGAUGUCCCAGGGAAACUGCGAAAUUGGAGGAAGGAGACAUUUAAAUUAAAAAAGGUAUCGUCAGUCAAGAUGACGUACAGCGUGAGUGACCCAGCAAUCUGUCUGUGUGUGUGUGAGAGCUUAGUCACACAACAGAGUCUCCACCAGAAGGCAUUAAAUCAGAAGAUCUAUAUAAAACACGCAACACACACAGUGAAGUGACUGCUGUUUGGCUCUGUUGUCCAAGUGCAAUUUCUUUAGUGCUAUCUUUUUUUUAAAGCAACAGCUAGAGAUGGAAAGGUUUCAUUUCAAACUCUAAAUUAUUGUAAUACUAAGACUGGCCAUGUACUGUCAGUCUGUCAGUAGCUCCGGGAGAAAGAGAGAUUGGUGAGGAGGUACUGAGCACUAACCAUUGAUGACUCAGUCUCUCAGAAUUGAACUGGCUGUAGUAGAUUUAAGAAUGAACUCUUAGGAUUAUUGGAGGAAAGAACGCAAGCAGCACUUACACCCUCAGAGGGUGACAAGCACAGACACACACCCACCCUGCUCCCCGAGAGAGGGAGCGAAGAGGCAGAGAGGAGGAGAACAGGAGAGGAGGAAAGGGGGGCUGGGAGUAGAAGGGUGCUCGAUGGAUGACUGUAAGGGGCCUGGGAGAGGUUGAAACAUUCCGCAGUCAUGCUCUUUUUAUAUGUUUGUAAUAUGGAGGCUGUGAGAGAUUGGAGGACAAUGUUACUGUCUAUGUGUUUCCGUGUAGGAGUACAGGAGCAUAUGCAUGGUGUGUUAUAAGCUGUUAUAAGCUCUUAUGAAGCUGUUAUGACAGCCUGGCCUGGUUUGUGUGUCAGACUGCGCCUGUGUGUGUGUGGUCCCCCCCACCCGGCCACCCGGCCAUCCACCAUUACACAUCACAGACUCACUCACAGGCAUCCGUUUUGAAAGAAGGAAAAAAUAAAAUUCUAUAGAUAUAUAAAUAUAUAUAUAUACAAAACUAAUAUUUUGAAGUGUUUUUAGCUUUUUCAAAUAUUGUGGUACAAGUUGUGCAUUGUUUUUUUGAAGAAGAGAAAUUAAAAGAAGUUAAAAGAAGUCUA